AAACCCGACCCGGACCCACUCGUGACCCUAAACCCCCUCCUUCUUCCCCCAUUCAUUCAUCUCAGUCUCACACUCUCACUAACCGUGAAUCCUAGCCCUCUGAAGCAUUCCCAGCCCAGUAGCCGUCCAUCGUCGCCGGGGUUCUCAGGUCAUCAGCGCCACCGCCGUCGCCUGGUCUCUUCCCCCAUUCAUUUAUGUCAGUCUCACUCCACUCGUGAACGGUGAACCCUAGCCCUCUGAAGCAUUCCCAGCCCAGUAGCCCUCCAUCGUCGUCGCGGUCCUCAUGUCGUCAGCGCCACCGCCGUCGCCUGCUCCUCAGCACCGCCGCUUCUUCCUCUUCGUCUUCGCUGGCCUCUCGAACCCAGGCAGAAUUGCUGAUAGGGUCUUGUUUUGGUUAUUUAACUCUUUUUGAAAGGCACGCGUAGUCACGUGGCCCACGGAAAAAGAAAUAGGAAAUGGAAAUAGUCAAGUAGAUACUCUACUAUUAGUGCAGUCGGGAAGUUCCAAGUUUGUGAAGCUAAUCCUUAUCGCCGUCGUGGCCGCCGCUAACCUCUCUUUAAGUUGUUAUGGAGCAGCCACAUGAUUAUUACGAGAGGAAGAGGAAGCCUUUAAGAGUCAGCAUAAACGCCCCGAAACGGCUGCUGUCUUCGAUGGUAACGCAAUCGCAGCCGCUGCCGUUCCUUCCGGAUGAAUUUAUCAGAGAAAUCUUGCUGAGGCUUCCGCCAAGAUCACUGCUUCGCUUACGGAGAGUGUGCAGUUCAUGGAAAUCCCUAAUUUCCAGCUCCCAAUUCGCCAAAGACCAUCUUCAACAUUCAACCGCCGCGGAUCCAAGUUUGAGUGAGCCACGAGUUGCUUAUCAUCAUUAUUGCCACCACAGAUUCGGAGAUUUCUCCUUACGCUCCUUGGUCGAGAACCCUUCCAAACCUACGGAAGUCGUUCUCUUCGUGGAGAGACGUUACUACACAGCUAUUGGCUCUUGCAAUGGAUUGCUGUGCUUGCUGUAUGAUGUUGUUGGCAUCAACCCCUGUGUCAGGUUGUGGAAUCCCUGUACUGGAUUAUUGACAACCCAAUCAGUGGAACGUGGAGAAUUCUUAUCAGUUCGCGGCUUCGGCUACGAUCAUGUGAAUGACAAGUACAAGUUUGUUGUGAUUGUAAAUCACAUGGGGGAUCAUACAACCAGAAUUUAUACAUUUUGCCGCAACCCAUCCAAUAGAGCCAUUCAAGGGAUCCCAUUUAGCAGCAUAAAGGGUGAUCAUAAGGGGGUAUUUGUGCCUGGCACCGCUACUCUUAAUUGGGUUUGUCAGCAUGACACUCUGGAGUACUUGGUUCUUUCCCUUGACCUGGUGAAGGAGACUUUUAGUGAGUUUUCCCUGCCUCUCAGUGAUCCGGAUGAGAAAACCUUCAUCUCCCCACAGUUAUGUGUGCUGAGGAACUGCCUUGCAUAUUGUUUUAAUCAUGAGAAAACUCAUUGGUUUGUGUGGGUCAUGAAGGAGUAUGGAGUGCCUAAAUCUUGGACUAAAUUGGCCAUCAUCCCCUGCCUUCCGUGUCUACCCGAUUAUCCUUUACUUCCACUUCUAUCCGAUUAUCAUUUACGUCCAUUGUAUAUCUGGGGAAACAAUAUUCUUGUGGCGGUUGCAUCAACUUCAAAGAUAGUUCUGUAUAAUUUGGAUAGUGGUAGCUUUGAAUUUCCUGAACCUACUCCUUCAAUAGGAUUGUACGUCUUUAUUUAUCACGAAAGCUUAGUUUCACCUGACCUUCCAAGUAGCUCAUCCCAAAUUCAGUUAAUCAAACGCUAACGGACAAGCUGUCUUCUGAAUAAUGGGUAAAAUCAAGGGGAGAGAAUGUAAUAUGUAAUUUAAUGCGUACCAUUUCCUUUUAAUUUUGCUGUUUUUGGAUCUAAAACUGGAUGCUUUACCCGUUGAACCAGAUGAAAUAUGCCGAUAAUUGGUGCAUGAAUGAUUCAUACCAUAGUAUUGGCAUCUUCAAAUUAUGGAUUCAUGUUCAUAAAUGAUUCUUUUCUGACCAAACAAAAUAAAAAUUAAUACAUUUUUAUUUUUUAUUUCUUCUGAUAAAUAAAUGAUUACCAGCUUUCAGUGAUCAACAUACUAGGCAGUGGGAAAAAUGAUAUAUUGAUACAUUUGUUUUCUCUCUUGUAGUCAAAGAAAUAAUAUGAACUUCUGAGGUACCAACUUGGUGAUAUAAGUUAUCUGUUAUUGAUGAGUAUUAAAGAAUUGGAACUUAAAACAAAUGGAAGAAUUGAUACGAGAUUUUAACAAACAAAACGAUAAGCCAUGUCAUAAAGAAAAAGAGCUUUUAUAUUCUUAAUUAUCUAGAUAUCCCUUGUAGUUCUAGACCCUAUUUUAUGACCAACAGUCGCAUUUGUCAUGUUUUUUGCCAACUCUCAUAUUUUUUUUAUAUUAGCCCUCUAACACUGCUCGGGAAUAAUUAUUUACAAACUUUCAUCGGCUAACAAACUUAACCAACUCGUCUUGUCAAAGAAUAAUAUGAACUUCUAAGAAAUUAACCCGAUGACAUAAGUUAUUUCUUAAAGUGAUAUAUUUUUAUGAAUAUAUCACAUAGUUUGUUUUCCCCGCCUAAUCAUAAGAGAUAUGUAUUGUCAAUACAAAAUCCUGCAGUUGUGUGUGCUGAGGAAAUACCUUGCAAUUUACAGUGAACAUAGAACUCAUUGCUCUG